AUGAAGCUCCCUUCCGUUUUGCUGAUCGUCACUCUCGCCCUCACAUCUGCGGAGGCAUGUGCGAGCUACAAGCACUGCUGGUGUCUUCGAAAUGACAUUGAGUACCAGGGCAAGAUCCAGAGCAACAUUGCUUGGGACGACGACACCACGAAAGCGUGUCAGGCAAAUGGCGGCGGGGGCGUGACUGGGUAUUACGGACAGAACUUCAAGGAGUGCUACAGAUACGUGAAGCGCACAUGGCGUCUCGACGGCGCUAUCGACAACUGCGACUGGAACAAGCAAUGCAUUGCCGCCGGCAAGGCGGCUGGCGUGAAUGCGUAUGGCGUGUGUCGUGACAAGAUCUCCGGUUUCCAUUAA